AUGUCUGCCCACUGGUCGAAGUUCUCCACCUGGCUGAAGUCAUUCGGCAAUGGCUACCGUUCUCACGGAUCUGUAGUCGAUACUGUCCUUGACGACUACAAGACUUUCGGUGCCGAUGAUUUACCUGAAGAGAUCCCUCCGCUGGGAGAGCCUCAUACGGAGAAGAGGUUCUGGUUCCAGAGAACGGAGACUUAUGAUCCUGAUGCCAUUGCUACGCAGCCCAGUGUCUAUGAUGAUCGACAAAUCGCCAAGGACUACAUGCCCCGACCGGACUGGGAGAAUAUCCAUCGCUUCGAUCCUCUCGCUCGCUGGACGUGGCGGGAGGAGUAUGCGCUGGUUCGCAAGAUCGAUUGGCGGAUCAUGAUCUUUGCGUGCUUUAUGUUCAUGGCGCUGGAACUGGAUCGAGCAAAUAUCACCCAGGCCAAUACGGACAACUUUCUCGACGAUCUGCAUCUUACUACAGAUGACUACAACCUGGGCAAUACAAUCUUCAAGUUCAGCUUCCUGUGUGCGGAGCUCCCGUCUCAGCUCGUUAGCAAGUGGAUGGGUCCUGACCGCUGGAUCCCCAUGCAGAUGAUCCUCUGGUCGAUUGUGGCGAGCUCUCAGUUCUGGCUCAGUGGCAAGGCCAGCUUCUUGACUUGCCGUGCUCUACUGGGCGUACUCCAAGGCGGAUUCAUCCCCGACAUCGUGCUUUACCUCAGCUAUUUCUACAAACACCACGAACUCUCCCUCCGCCUAAGUUUUUUCUGGACAGCAAAGUCCUUCGCAGACAUCGUCGCUGGCUUCUCCGCAUACGCACUUCUUCAUCUCAGAGGUUUGGCUGGUCACGCAGGCUGGAGGUGGAUGUUCCUCAUCGAAGGACUCUUCACUCUCCUAAUAGGUAUCAGCGCCACAGCUCUCAUGCCGCCAGGUCCGUGCCAGACGGCCAACUGGCUCCGCGGUAGCAAAGGCUGGUUCACACCCCGCGAGGAGGAGAUUAUGGUCAAUCGUGUGAUACGGGAAGAUCCAAGCAAAGGCGAUAUGCACAAUCGCGAAGCUGUCACCCCAGCACUUCUGUGGAAGAGUCUGAAGGAUUUCGAUCUUUGGCCACUGUACCUCAUCGGCCUUCUGUUCGAAGUUCCCAUGACGCCUUCAAGUCAGUACUUGACUUUAACCCUCCGAGGUCUGGGCUACGAUACGUUCUUGAGCAAUCUGCUCGCCAUACCAUGGACGGCUUUGUCGAUUGUUGGUAUGCUUGCGCUCUCUUUCUCAUCUGAGAUUUCCGGGAACCUGGCGUUACAUGCAGCAAUUGGGCAGCUUUGGGCGAUACCGUUUUUGACCUUCCUGGUCUUCACCGAUGCGGAGAACACGAACCGGUGGCUGAUCUGGACGGCUGUGACACUCUUGUUGAGUUGGCCUAACCCGCACCCGAUUCAAGUGGGUUGGAACUCGAAGAAUUCGAACUCGACGAGGUCAAGGACUGUGAGUGCGGCGUGUUAUAACAUGCUAGUCCAAGGUGGUGGGAUCAUCUCCUCGAAUGUUUAUCGCAAGGAUGAUGCACCGAAUUACACACGCGGGAACAAGCAACUGCUAAUUCUUGCAUUCGUCAAUCUGGGAAUCUAUGCCUUGACGAAGGUGUACUAUAUACAGCGCAACAAGAAGAGAGAUCAGCAGUGGAAUGCUAUGACGAAGGAGGAGCAGAUGGAAUACCUGGAGACGACGAAGGACGAGGGGAACAAGAGGCUCGAUUUCAGGUUCGCGCACUGA